AUGCAACUGUCUGGCCAUCUCAUCGCGGCCAUUUCCGCCAUCUCUUUCGCGGCUCCAGGAAUCGCAGCUCCCGGCCCAGGCCAGGUUGGGGAGUGGUGGAACAUCUCUUGUAAACACGGCGGUCCAAACAACAUCGUCACCGGGGACAUAAGCGGCCUGAUCCAUAGUCUUCGAACCCAGUCGGUAAUCGGGAACGUGGGAACCCCCGUCUGGAUAACUUCGAAUUCCGAUGUCAAGUUUUGGUACGGUACGACACUCGUCACCGUCUUGAACAAGUACCUCUUGGAAGGUGCAAACUUUGAAUUCCGCCACCUCGCAGACGCUUUGGAGGCUAUGAGAAACUCCUGCUGUGGCAGUUACCCUAAUUGCAUCGCGUCCAGUGCCAACAUGAGGUCGUCAAACUAUAAGAACCUCGUCAUACUGGUGUCGAGGAACUAG